CCCGAGGAGGCCCUGCCCGUCCUGCCGUGCCGCCAUGCACCCGCGCCGUCCGGAGGGCUUCGAUGGCUUGGGCUACCGGGGCGGGGCCCGGGACGAGCAGGGCUUUGGCGGCGCUUUCCCUGCCAGGUCAUUCAGUUCGGGUUCGGAGCUGGGGCACUGGGUGACGACUCCGCCCGACAUCCCGGGCAGCCGCAACCUGCACUGGGGCGAGAAGAGCCCGCCGUACGGUGUGCACUCGGCCUCCACGCCGCGCGAGGGCCCCGCCGAGGAGCCCUUUCCCGGCUCGGGCACGGGCACGGGCACGGGCGGAGCGCAGGCCCAGAGCAGCGAACAGUUGAAUAGAUUUGCUGGAUUUGGUAUUGGACUUGCAAGUCUUUUUACAGAAAAUGUACUGGCCCAUCCUUGCAUUGUCCUACGCCGGCAGUGUCAGGUUAAUUACCAUGCUCGGCAUUAUCAUCUCACUCCAUUUACAGUCAUCAAUAUUAUGUACAGCUUGAACAAAACUCAGGGACCAAGAGCCCUCUGGAAAGGAAUGGGAAGUACAUUUAUUGUCCAAGGAGUCACGCUGGGAGCAGAAGGCAUAAUUAGUGAAUUCACACCUUUGCCAAGGGAAGUUUCACACAAAUGGAAUCCUAAACAAAUAGGAGAACACCUUCUACUGAAAUCCCUGACUUAUAUAAUAGCAAUGCCUUUUUAUUCAGCAAGUCUAAUUGAAACAGUACAGAGUGAAAUAAUUCGAGAUAAUACUGGCAUUUUGGAAUGUCUCAAAGAAGGCAUUGGAAGAGUGAUUGGCCUGGGAGUGCCUCACAGCAAGCGGCUGCUCCCCCUGCUCUCCCUGAUCUUCCCCACAGUGCUGCACGGCCUUCUCCACUACGUCAUCAGCUCCAUCAUUCAGAAGUUCGUUCUGCUGAUUCUAAAGAGAAAGACGUACAAUAGCCACGUGGUUGAGAACACAAGCCCAGUACAGAGUAUGUUGGAUGCUUACUUUCCAGAACUUAUUGCUAACUUCGCCGCCAGUCUUUGCUCUGACGUUAUACUUUACCCGCUGGAAACAGUUCUGCACCGCCUUCACAUUCAAGGAACACGCACAAUCAUUGACAACACCGACCUUGGCUAUGAAGUGCUUCCAAUUAAUACACAGUACGAGGGAAUGAAAGACUGCAUCAACACUAUAAGGCAGGAGGAAGGAGUGCUUGGUUUUUAUAAAGGGUUCGGUGCUGUUAUAAUACAGUACACACUGCAUGCAGCUGUCCUACAGAUUACCAAAAUGAUUUACUCUACACUUCUUCAGAAUAGCGUUUGAGAUUUCGAUUGCAUCACCGGCUAGUCCAGAAGGACAGAUCUGGACAAUGUGCUAUGAAAUUGUGAGGCAUGAAAUGAAAGAUUGGGGAGGCAGGCUGGAGUGAAAAGCGCAGCUGGCAGAAAAAGUGCAUUCUCGCUAUGUGGACUCUCCAUUUGCCUUUAAAUUACAUGUAUGUUCUUUUUCCUCUUUUCGAUCAAGCCUAUUUGGAAGCUCAAUAAAAGUUAAGCCUGUAUGAUUUACAUUUUUAGCCAGCAUAGCACUUAAUUGCUGAAGUAAAAAUGAUAGCAGAAGCAAAAAAUUUAUCAUCAGCGUAAACAAAAUGUCAUAGCAUAGAAUCGGUUUCUGACCGUGCUGUCUGCUACGUGUUUAUUUUACCUUCUAGAUUGUUAUUGUAGCAUCAGUUUUAACCUUUAAGAAAAUCAGUCUCAGCAUCAUUGAAAAAGACUAAGAGUAUUAGAUUUAGCAAUCUGUAAGGAUUCAAGGGUUCCAAUUUGCAUUUCUAUGUAACCAUUUUCAUGGCUAUAUAUACAUACCAUAUAAAAAACAUUUAUGUACCAACAUAUAACUUGGAAUUUCCUUCAUCUUUAUAAAUUUUGUACUCUUAGAUCAUUGCAUAAAAUGGAAUUAUGCUUUCUGCUUGAGUAUCAGAACAAAGCAUCAAAAGCAAAGGUAACGUCCCCCCUGCAAAUUUAAGCCAAUGUAGCAUACUUGUCCAUAUCUUCACCCAAUAGUUCAAUGUCAGAAGCUGGAAAUUUAACAUACAUUUGUAAAGAUUGGUUUGCUUAGCUAAUUAUGGGAAUUAACAGGCUAUUUUUAGAGCCAGUUGUAAAGAGACAUACAAUCAUGACAUCUAUCACUGUUUCCACUUUCACAAAUCGUGUACUUAAAAAACUCUCUCCUGCCUUUCUCUUCUGAAUGAUUUGUCUUAAAACAAAAUUAAAAUGCACCUGCAAAUUGUGCCUCUUUACUGCUAUAUAGUUAUAAUUAAGUAGUAGCUUACGUUUUUUUCAGGUGUUACAUAAAGUUUUGUUCACCAAACUAGAUACUCAUAAAGGGAAAAAAGAUGUUAUCCUUAUCACUUUUUAAACUUGGAUGAAUGCUAGAGAAAAAUUGCAAACCCUAAAGAGAAUUUAUGCUUGUGUUUUCUGGUUGAAAAGAAAAAAGCAUAUUUCUGCAAAUAUGCAAGUUUUUAAUCACGUUAAUUAUUUUAAUUUUAAAUGUAACUUGAAGAAUUAGACACUUUUUAUAGUAAAAUAAUAUGUAUUUGGCCUAUCAUUUCACAUUUUAAAAUGUCGUUGCUUUUUUUGGAUUUUACAGUUUUACUACACACUGUUAACCCCUCUAAAAGCUAUAACCUUGCAUAGUUAUCCAACCUAGAAUGUGUACAAGCCAAAAUUUAGUUUUAUUGUUAAAUGUCACAGGAAAGGAUACUUUAAUGAUAAGUAGUGUUAGAAUAACAAGAACAAAAAAAAUUCCUAGAAACUUGUGAAACAUAACCCCUCUGCCUGCUUUUUCCACUUUGGCGUGUGAGUAUUAGUUAUGGAAGCAACUAUUUCCGUGUUUUAAUUUUAGCCCCACUAAAGAUGAACAAAAUAAGUUUAAAUAUUGAUCAUGGCUAAACAAUGUUAUGAGUUUUAAUAUAGGGAAACUUUCUUUUCUUACAAACAAGGUGGUUUAAGGCAAAAGUAAGGCAGAAAAGGUCAAGGUUUACAAGAAUUUGGGAAUCUGGAUGGAAAUGAGUGAAAUGUAGUGAACAUCUUGAAGGUCAUUGGAAGUCAGCGUGGACAUACUAACUGCAGAUUCGGAAUGUACCUGUUUGGGAAGUCUAAAACUGAGAGACUGAACCACACACUAGUGGGGCUGCUCUUACUUUCUGUUUCUGAAAAAAAUACAAAUUAACAUCAGGACUAACAUUGAAAAGUGGUCAGUUUGACCUGCCCAAUGCAUUUCAGUGAUUAUAUAGGAAUAAAUAAAACAGCUCUCAUGCCCCAUUUUAGACUUCCCUUCCUCCCUCCUCCCCGACACCCAUACUGGCAGGCAGGGGAGAAGGCAGUGCUUCUGAUUUCUUGGCCAUGUUGCUUAAGAUAAUAGUUCAGUAUAGUAUUUUUAAGUUCAGUAUGACUGCUAGUGUUAAAGAUAAGAUUAAGUCCCACAGGCCAACGAUCCUCUUCAGUAAACCAGAUAGGCCACGGUGCUUGUGUUGUGCUUGCCUUACAUGAUACGGCUUCUUAAUUUGAGUCAAAUAGAUCAAGUAAUUAAACUGAAAACUGGUAGAUGUUAACGUAUAUUACGUUAAAUCAAUUUAUGAAUUGAUUUACUAAGUAUGUGUAUAUAGACUUUCCUGAGAUGCCUUCCUCAGUUUUGUUUCAUAGACUCAUAAAAGCAAUGCCUAGGUUCUUAAAAUUAUUUAAGUCUCCAGGCUUUCAGCACUAAAUUUAUAAGUAUGAAAUAAUAAAAUAGCUAACUUAAAAGUGGUUAUGGAUUAAGGCAAUACACGCCUUAUCAGGUUUUCUUAGACGCCGAUUAUAGAUGAGAGCUUGCCUGGUCACUUUGCAGCUGUGCAUGACUACUCAGAAAACUCCUUUGUAGCAACGCAUUCACUUAAUUGAUUGGACACAAAAACUCCAAGUUCAUUACCAAGUAUUCAUAUAUCUGGUUGGCAUUUUGCGGGGGAAGAUGCGGGGAAUGCUCUUUGAUCGUUCUGUCAGCUGGAAUUUAUACACAAUGCUGCCAUCUGGUUGCUUGCUCAUGCUUCUCCACAGAAAAGGCUGUUCUGCCAGAUCUUCAAAAAUUAGCCAGUUUUGCAGGUUUGGGGAUUUUUGUUUGUUUGUUUGUUUUUGUCAAAUCUUAAGCAAAUAGGAUUCCUCAGUAGCAAUUCACAUCUUAUUAGCAUUUAAGUGGUACUUAAGGUUGGCAUUUCUACUUUCUGUUUAAAGUAGUUGUACUUAAUCUCUCCCUCCUAAAUUGAACGUACGUGUCUUACUUUUGAGUCAUUGAGUGUUGUCCAAAUAUCAUGUUGUGUAGCAGAGUAAUAAAAUUUGUGAUUAUACAAUGAAUCUUAAUAUUACCUCAGCUAGAAGAGGUGUUUUGUGUUUGUAUCUUUUUUUUUUUAAGUUGUUUUUUUGCCUUACUGGCAUUUUAAAUGUUUGGGGUAAACUAUAUGAUAAAAAGUUCAAUAAAAUGUUGAAAUAAAA